GCACUUAUCACAACUACAACUCCCAUCGUGCAGUUCACUAGAGAGCGCUUCCGCGAUGACACGCGACGCGUUUCGGUGAAUGAACGGAGUGCUUCGACAAUGGAAGGCAGAGCUGUGAAGGCGAUAUUAUUUGACCUGGACAACACGCUAAUUGAAACAAGUCGGGCGGGUGGAGUGGCGAUACAGAAGAUGUCAGUGGUGCAAAGCAACAAGUGCACCUCUUCUGGGGACUCUCAGCCCUUUUCCUGGCAGACUCUUUCACCUGUGACAGCAGGAAAAGCACAGGCCAGUGAACUUUUGAAGACCACACUGGCUCUCGAUGACACGACUAUCAGGAACAUUUGUGACAAGUUCAAGCUGAAGCUUUUCCACGAGAGUUUUGACCCCUCAGCUGGCAGAUCAAUAGAUGAGGUCCGUGUGGGUCACUGGGAGGAGAGCAUUCAGGAGGCUGUGGGAGGUUCUUCCUCAGCCUCUCUAGCAACUCAGUGCUACUACUUGUGGAAAAAUAGUCGCCUGGAGGUUCUAAGUCUGUCUCCUGAAAUAUGCUCCCUCCUGAAAGAACUGCGCAGCAGAUACAAGCUGCUGCUGCUGACCAAUGGGGAGUCUAAGACCCAGAGAGAGAAAGUGGAGGCAGUCAGAUGUGAGGGGUUCUUUGAUGCCAUCGUGAUUGGUGGAGAACAUGCAGAGCAGAAACCAUUCCCCUCCAUUUUCACAUUGUGUUUCAACAUGCUGGAUGUGGAGGCCGAGGAUUGUGUUAUGGUGGGAGACUCUUUGGACACAGAUAUUCAGGGGGGCUUUAAUGCCGGAGUGCGGGCUACAGUUUGGAUCAGCAGUGCAGGAGGUGCUGUGCCAGACGGUUCAGUGAAACCAGACUACACUAUCCCGACUGUGCUGGACCUGCCACAUAUUCUGGCACAGCUGAAAUAAGAGCAACUUAUUCUUGAAACGCUGUUUGAAACAAGUGAAUGAGCAGACUGUCACUUCAAGUGGGACUUUUUAAAUUAUGGGUGCGUAAAAAAUGUUAUCACUUCUUAAUGUUCUGGUAGUGGUGUAAACACUCCCUUGGUGCUGCUAGCAGCACGGCUAACUGAGUUAAUUAGUGGUCACUCUGGUUAAAUACUACCAACUAUUUGCUUUGAUUAUGAAUUUUACAAUUCUUAAAUACUGCACCUCUAAGCCAGUAGUUAAUAACCUUUUGAAACAUACCUAAAAAAAAAAAAGCUAAAAUUAGCUCCACUACUACAAAAGCACAGCAGUGAAAUGCUGCACAUGCAUUGAUUAAUCAAAUAUAGAAUGGGCCAUACUGUGUUCCUGCAGAAUGAGUACUUUACUUUCCAUAUUCAAGUACAUUUUGCUGACAAUCAUUCUGUUAAUUUAUUUUUAAAUCAUAUCUGUCAUGGAAAAUUUAAGAAUUAAGAUGAAUUUGUCAUCAUACAACUCAAGAUGAUGAAAAAGAAAUCCACUUGUAAAUUCCUACAAUACACACAACAAACAAAUAAAUACAUAAUGAUCAAGUCACAAAAAUAAACUAUUGUGCUGCUUUUAGAAGUUUUAAACACUCACUCCGCAGCUUUCCUGUCCUGGGCCAUGCACAAACCAUGUCCGUUUGUGUAUAUGGAGUUACUGCGUAAAGAAUCUAAAUUCUUGGUACAGCACAUCAUUUUUUAUGAACUGCUCAGAACAACUUCACAAAUAAACAUUUGGGUUAUUUUCAUACACAUCAAAAGAUGCCAUCACAUUCAUUCAAUCACUUGCUGCAACAUGUUUAUUUUCUCAAAGUCUUAAUCGGGUUAAUAAAACAGUGUUGACAAAAGGAGAUAACUUCUGUGGCUUUACAGUUUCUUUACAGAAUCUUUGUUUAACAGUUAGUUCUAGCAGCUUCACUGGACAUAAAGACUUUUCAGAACACUUUC